CUCAUCGAAAAUCUAAUUGAUACGUGUUCUUCUGACAAAGGGAAGGAUACCAUGGGUAUACCUCUGCUGAUUAAAACAUCAAUCCAGCAGAUAUGGGAGGAGCAGAAACAGCACAUUUCGUGCAUACAGCACGUAGGUGACCCUGCCAUUCAAUUAUACACCCAGACUGGUACAUUAAAGAAGGGUGGUGUUGAGCUUCCCAUAUACAGGUGUGCCCGAGAGUCAACAUCAUUGGAGUCAUUCCAUUUACACGUUCAUCGCUUCAUUCCAGGUAAAAAACAAACAAAAUCCUCUUCUUAUAAAACAAUAUUGUCCUCAUCCACCUUAAGGAUCACCUCCGUUAACAAAAAAUGUUGACUUGAGAGAUAUGAAGAUAUGUAAGGUACAUUCCAACUACUGUGUGUGUUUCUGAAAAAAUUGUACUGAAACAGAAACUUGUGUUAUUUAAUAGUCUAAGACCAUCUUAUAAAAUGGUAACAUCUUUCUUCUGGCACUCCUUUUAAAUCCUAGAAUUUUUUACAUGUAGGUACAAUAGCCAAUGAUGUCCACUUCCAGUGUUAUCUACUUGAGGGCAUUGUACGCUGGAAUGAAGACAGGGCUUUGGCAGCCAUGAUAGAUGGAGGUGAAAAGUCAACAACGAGCAGCUACUCUUCCUCCCUUAAGUACGAAAAAUGGUGUAUCGUGAAGAGCAGCAAAAGAACUUUGACCAUCCUGGCAAGUACACAGGUAAUGUGGGUUAAUUGUUUACCUUGAUCAUGUUUUGCAUGGAUUUAGGUAACAGAUAAAUAGUGCUGUGUCUACUUAGUGUAUCCCAUGCAUGAGCAAUCUAUAGGCCGCUGAUUUCCACCUUCAGUUGGAAGGUUGCAGUUCCUAAUAACCUCAUGAAACUCACAUACCGAUUUGAAUUGUUCUUGUUAUUAAAAAUUAGGUGAGAAAAUGGGGGUAGAAUAUCUUUACAGCCAGACAGGGAAGACUUGGUCUUCAGAUGUCAGUCGUCUUGAUCCAGAUGAACCUGAUGAACUGACUGAUGAGUUGACUGAUGACUCCCUAGAUGAAGGUUUUGUAGAGAGUGAAGAGGUGGAUCCCACUGUUGGUGACCUAGAGCCAUCUUCUACAGAUCAGCAGCCCUCAAGUGCAAUCACUCGUAUUUUACACAAUUGAAAUUAGUGCUAAUCUGUGAUUAUUUGAGUUACAAGACAGUCUUUCCCUUGAAAUCUUUGUUUUAAUUCGGGCAUUUUCAAUAUUGUUUUGGUUCUUCUUCUUUCUAGCUCAGUCAUCAAGCCAAGAAGACAGCUCCACUAGAAAUGAAGAACCACCAAGAACUGAUAUACACGUACCUUCCGACACUGAUGACACUUCUGAUACUGAGUUGCAGGUAAGAAUACAUGUUGUAUGAGUCAGAAAUUAUUUUUAGCCUGGCCAAUAUUGACUUUAUUAUACCUACAAAAUCAUUAUUAUACCUUCUGUGUCUUCUAAUCUCUCCUGUUUCCUGUAGGAGACAGUUGGUCCUCUUGGAAUUCUUGUUUGGGAGCAGAUCCAGCAGCUUACCAAUGCACUCUUUGAGCUACGAGAUUGCACUGCCCUAACAGAA